AUGGGACGACGUUCCAAAUCAAAGAAAAUCUGUUCGAUUGAAAAUCUUUCGAAUGAAAUCUUCUAUGAAAUCUUCAAAUAUGUUGAUGGUUGUGAUGUAUUUUAUUCAUUUUCUAAUCUUAAUCAUCGUUUUGAAAAUCUUCUCAAAUCUUUAUUUUUUAUAUUAAAUAUCAAUUCGGAUCAUCUGAAAUCCAAAAAAUAUCUUCGAAAAAUUUUCAAACAAAUUUUUAAUUGUCAUCAAAAUCAAAUAAUUUCAAUUUAUAUGGAUAUGUCAUUAUCAUUUAAGGAUACAUUUUCGUUUGAUUCAUCAUUUAAUCAAUUAGCAACUCUUCAUCUUUACAAUUUGGAAUCCAAGAAAUUUCUUCGAAAUUUAUCUUGUUUAUCAAAUCUAUCGUUAUUAAAUCUUCACAUAUGUGAUCCAUCAAUUGAUUUAAAUGUCAUCUAUGAAAUUGUAUUAACUUUACCAAAAUUAAAAACAUUUCAUAUCAAAACAGAUCAUAAUCUGAAAUUUUCAUCAUUAUCACAUAUAAAGAAGAACUUGAAUGAAAUUGAACGUCUUAAUAUUCGAGAUCAUUGUGAUUUUAAUGAAAUUCUUUCGAUUCUAUCAUGUUCAUCUUCUUUAUCUCAUUUAGUUUAUAUUCAAACAAAUCCAAUUGAUUAUAAUAUUCAAAUAAAUUCACCAAUAAUUUUAUCAAAAUUAACACAUGUUUAUUUACGUAUAACGGGGAUGAAAUUUCAUGUUUUGGAAAAUUUUCUUAAACAAAUUUCAUUGAAAUUACAAACUUUAUCUUUAACUACGGAAAAUGAAGAUAUGAAAUAUCUCGAUGGGAAUCAUUGGGAAAAUUAUCUUUCAAAAAAUUUACCACAAUUAGAAAAGUUUUAUUUCAAAUCAUAUAUGAAACAUCAUCAUCGUAUUGAUCAGAGAAAACUUAAUCAAUUUCUAACAUCAUUUUGGAUUAAACGACAAUGGAUAUUGGAAAUUAAUGUUCAUUGUACACAUUUUUUAUAUUCAAUUACACCAUAUAAAAAACGAUGGUAUGAUUCAUUAGUAAACGAUGGAAUCACUCCAUCUUCAUUUCAAUUAGAAAAAUCGUGUCAAUUAACGUUGAAUAAUGUUAAUACAAAGUUUUGGAAACAAAUUCAACAUUUGAUAAGUUUAACGAAAAUUUAUCAUUUAGUUUUGCUUGAAGGAAAAACUUUUAUUGGAAAAUUAAUUCAAAUUGUGAAUUCAUUACCUGAACUUAUUUCGUUACAAUUUAAUUCAUUAUCUUUUGUUGUACCAAAUGGAGAAGAUUUACGGCCAUGUUUUUCAAAAAAAUCUCCAAGUAAAAUUGAAAAAAUUUAUGUUGAAAACAUCGAAACAAAUGCUGAAAUUGCACUAUUAUCGACACUUUGUCCAAGAAUGAACUGUCUACGAAUAAUAUCAUUUGGAAAGAACACAAAUUCAUACUCAUUUUAUUAUUAG